AAAGUGAGGACGCGUGCUUGAAUUUUGAAUUCAGGCAAACAGCUAACAACUUGUUGAGACUUUAGCCAAACUAACGGAGGCAGCGAGCAGCUGUAGUAACACCGGGUGUUAGCGCAUGUUGUGUUUAUAUAUCCCGUGAGUCUGUUUGUGUGUGUGUGUGUGUGUGUGCGCGCACGCGUUAGUUUACGUCGCCGCUCGGUGCUUUUUUAGCUACAGGCGACGCCGUUUGAGGAGGACAUCGCUGCACUUGCGAUGAAAGCGGGCGUCCACUGCCGUUGUUCAAAAUGCUACUCCGUUCCGGCACGGAAGCGUGUGCGUAAGCGAACUCCAGCCCUCACCUUGCUGUCUCUACCUGAGGAGAUCCUCCUCUGUGUGCUCCAGUGCCUCUCCGCUGAGGACCUGCUGUCUGUCAGAGCGGUUCACUCCCAGCUGCGGGACAUUGUUGACAACCACUCCAGUGUAUGGGCCAGGGUCAGUUUCAGGGACACGUGGCCAUCCCCCAACACCUUAUGGCUAUUUGAGAGAGCUGCCGAUAAAGGGAAUUUUGAAGCUGCUGUGAAGCUAGGGAUUGCUUAUUUGUACAACGAAGGACCGUUGUUGAGUGAUGAGGGGCGAGCUGAUGUAUGUGGUCGCAAGGCGUCCCACUUCUUCAGCCUGGCAGAGAGCCUUCGCUCUCCCACGACGGAUCCCUUCAUCUGGGUGUUUAUUCGUCCCCCGUGGUCGCCCACUGGCAGCUGCUGCAAGGCCGUGGUGUUUGACCGUCUCAAGGCUGAGUGUGACAGUAACGUGGAGAAGAGAGGACCCUUGUUGCACUGUUUGGCCAGAGUUUUGCAGCUGUUUGAAGGCAAUGACAGACGCUCGGAUGCCAUAUCUAUGUUGGAGGAGUCGUCACAUGCUGGCUGUCUCCAGAGCUCCUACAUGUUGUGGGAGCACAACCGGAAAGCAGCUAUGGCAGAUCCAGGCAGGUACCUCCAGUGUAUCCGAACCCUCAGGGACUAUGCUGGCAAAGGAUGCUGGGAGGCACAGCUCUCCUUGGCUAAAGUGUGCAGCAGUGGGAACCCGCUGGGUCUGGAGUCAAAAGCCUGCUCUGACUUGGUGGCUCAGCUCUUCGGUUCCUCGAACCCGGCAUCACGGCACUGCGCUCAGGGCAUCCUGAGGCAAGGCAUCAAGGACACCAUGAGGUACAUCCUGGUGGACUGGCUUGUGGAGGUGACCACCAUGAAGGAUUUCUCCAGCCUGACGCUGCAUGUGACAGUGGGUUGUGUGGACCGCUACCUGGCUAUGCGCUCUGUCCCCAAGGCUCGCCUCCAGUUAUUGGGAAUUGCCUGCAUGGUAGUUUGUACACGCUAUGUCAGUAAAGAAAUCCUGACCAUACGUGAAGCUGUCUGGCUCACAGACAACACCUACAAGUAUGAGGACCUGGUUCGAAUGAUGGGGGAGGUCGUCGCUGUGCUGGAGGGAAAAAUCAGGAGCCCCACACUGCUGGAUUACGGUGAGGUGCUGCUGUCUCUGCUCCCUCUGGAGAGGCGGACCUCUCACCUGUUCAGCUACAUCUGCGAGCUGUCGCUGCUCUACUCUGCUCUCGCCACGCCGCCACCUUCCAAACUGGCCUGCGCUGCACUACUGCUUACACGGGCGCUACAUCACUAUGCGCCCCUCUGGCCCAGCCAGUUAGUCGACUACACAGGCUUCUCCAAGGAAAACCUGGCCUCCCUGUCUGUGCUGCUGUAUGUCAAGUGUUUCAGUGAAGAUGUUCCCAAAGAUUACAGGCAUGUAUCUCUCACUGGUGUUAAACAACGGUUUGAAGAUGAGGCCUUCCAGCACAUCAGCAAAGAAAAGGUGAUGGAUUUUAAAGAGCUGUGUCAGAUCUUGGAGAUUCCUGAGGUGGAUCCUCAGAUGGAGCCUCCCAGUCCCACUGGUCAACCAGCAGACUUCCACACCUUCCUCGCCUCUCCGUCCAGCACCAACAAGAGGAGACGGGAUGACGCCCUGCAGGCCCACCGAGCCAGCUUCGUGGCCACGCCCACAGCAGAGUUGUCCAAUCAGGAGGAGACGCUGCUCGGCGACAUAUUGGACUGGAGUCUGGACACUUCCUCUUCCGGUUAUGAGGGGGACCGUGAGGAAGAGAGCGAGGGAGAGAGAGACUGCAAUUCCUCCAUGAUGCCCAUCAAACUGCCCUCGCUGACUGACGCAGACGAAAGGCUAGAGCACUGCAGAGCUCUGUCCAGCGACGAAGACAGCUUCUCUGAAGUGGAAAAGGAGGUGAGCAAGGAUUGCAAAGACAAGGAACCCCUUUCCUUCCCGGCAGACCUUCACAGUUCAGGAUACUCCUCCGUCCAGAGUGUUAGCCCCUCAUCCACGUGUUCCUCCUCCACCCUCAUGCCUUGCACAUUCAAGACCGUUCCAGCUUCCCUGGGCACGGCCUCCGCCAAUGCCCAGCCAGGCUUCCGCCUUUUGGUGCCCAUGCAGAGGCCCCGGGGCACCUCCACCAAACAGGUGAAGAGGAAAAACUCAGCGGCUCAUAGUGGAGGUGAGGUGGAAAGAGAAGAGGAGGAGGAGGAGGAGGAGGAAGAAGAGGACGAGUAUUCAGCCAAUGCAGGGUUUUUGAGCCUAUAGACAGGGAUUUCUCGACUGGCCUCAAGUUGCUCAGAGGCCGCCUGCUCGGUUAACAUCCUCCAGCACUUUUCUUCAGUUCUCAAUGAUGUUCCUCACUGAGCCGUUAAUUGCCAGAAGAUCAAGAGACUUUCAAGUGAGGGGGGGGGGGGGGGCUGGGGGAACGAACGAAUUACCAGGAAACUGGCCUUUCUGUUACAUUUCAUUUAAACAUUUACAGGCAUGGUCCAAUAACAUACCUCUCAUAAACAAAGACAGUCUGCUCUAAAACCACUGGAACACGAUUUGACUUUCCUCAGGAACAUUUCUGUUGUUUUUUCAGGCUUCUACAACAUCCUAUCUCUGAUCACGUUAGAUAGUUGGAAAAGAAAUGAAACCUCAUGGGCUUGUUUCUUUGGGGGGGCGGGGGAGGGGGUUGUUGACGAAGGUGUUCAUUGUUAAACUCGUAUUGUACAAAAGCCUCAAACAUAGCUGUCAUGUUAUUGGGAAUGUUUUUGGUCGCUGAUAUGCACUGUCUGUACAAGACGAUCUUGUAGUUGGUGAACAUCAUCAGUAGGUGACUACUGUCAUCUUGUUGAUGAACAUGUCUGCAUCUGAAGCCUAAAAAAUAUGAUUGUAUGAAUGUGUUCGGUUUUUGUUUUUUAAAGUUCUCCAUACGUUUGCCAAAGGUACUGUUGCGGUGUAUUGUCAGGGGCGUCUACUUCAAUAGAAACUGUGAAAUUACUCUUUUAGUAGUCUGCGUCUUUUAGAGUGCAUAAACCCCGGUUGUGCUGUUUAAUAAUCUUUUUAUCCAUAUUACCUGGAAAAGGUCUUUUUUUUUUUUUUUUAAACCGAAAGCUAAGAACAUAGUGUCACCUGCAUAGAUUUAAGUGUGCGGAUAUCUAUUCCACCAGUUUGAUCCAUAUUUCCCAAAAGACCUUUAGCACACUAAUCCCACCGGGAACAACAUAUUUUAAGAUGUUUGCUGUUGAGAUAUUGACAUUACAUGCUGAUGAUGUAACUAACCAUGAAUCAACAACUGGAUGAGUGUUGUACAAACCUGAGCCCAUCAUCCAGAUGUUUACUGCCAGACAGUCAUUAACUAUUCAGCUCAAAUGUAGCGAGGCACUCGAAGUUACAUGUAACAUGCUGAUAGCGAGAAGUUGGACUCAACCCACUUUUCCUCCCAUCUGAAUUGGGUCUCGCACUUUUAUCAUCACAGACGGGCGGGGCAAUUCAAUGAAAUGUAACCUUUUCCCCGCUUGAACAAUCAAUACUGAAGUGUUUUUGAGUGAAAAAGAAAUUCAGACACUAAAGGACACGUUUUUACCUGAUGGGGUUUUUGAAAGUACUGUAUUUCCUCAUUCGGGACACAGUACACGACGCCUAAAAGCCUGUCACUGUCUGUAAAUAAAGUUUUAACUGUUAUACCAGGCUGGUUAUAACCUACAUUUAAAAAAAAAAAAAAA